AGUCAACAAAAAAAGAUGGACGAAUUUUUGGAAAGAAUUGAAAGACGAAGAGAAAGAAAUCGGGAUAGAGAAAGACAAAGAAGAAAUAACGAAACACCGAAUCAGCGAGCGGAAAGGUUGAGAAAAAAUAGGGAACGCACUCGAUUAUAUCGUCAAAGAGAAAGAAGAUUGGAAGAAAGAGCAAGGAGGUUACAAAGAAAUGAAGUAAGUGCCAACGAAAGAGAAAGUUUAGAACACGAAAUAGAAAUUUUAAGAAGAAAUGAACGAAGAGUCACUGAACGAGGAAGAUUAGAACAAGAAGUAAGAAUGCUAGGAAGGAAUGAACGAAGAAGAGAAGAAGGAAGAGAGGGUGAACACAGUAUGAAUAUAGAAACAGAUAGAGAACAUGCAGAAACAGAUAGAGAACAUGCAGAAACACAGCGUGAAGAAACACAGCAUGAAGAAGAAAGGAGAAAUUUUCGAUCUUACAUAUCUAUCAAGAACAUAAACACUUAUAAUGUAUAUUUUUAACCCAUUCGAUAUUGUUGGUGUUUUCUCUGGUAUAUUUUUCUGGUAUGUAUUAUUACUUUCGCUGAUUAAUAAUUGAAAUUUUGUAAUACAAAUAACUAGUAAGUUAUUUACUCAGGAGUAAUCUUUUAAAACAAUUCCCAUUAUUGUAAUUAUUAUUUAAAUUGAGGGUAAGAGUGUUGGAUGUUUCCUUAUCAAAAUCCGUUUGUUGAAAAUCGCAUAAUUUAAAAUGUUUUAUAGCAUGCCGCAAUUAGUAUGGAAGAUGAUUUAUUAUAAGAAUAUUUAUAAGUUAAAUAUAUUUAUUCCUUAUAAAUUUUCGAUUGUAGUUCUACAAUAUCAAGUAAAUUACUUUUGCUCGAUAAUAAAUUAACGUUAUAUUUCUGACAGAUUAUUAAAUUUAUUUUCAUUGUUUUCAUAAACUUUCUAGUAGUUUUAUUUUUACUUCUUAAAGAAGACUAUGUAUAUAUAAUUAUAUAUAUUUACAUAUCUUUAGACAUAAUUAUAUAUAAUUACGUCUUUUUGAUUCUCUUUCGUUAAUGUAUCCUUCAUUUCAAUGUUUUCAUUGCUCAUAGCUAAUGUGCAGGAACUUUGUUAAUACAGUUAGCGACAGUAAAAGGGUUAAAAAAACGGGUUAUACAUCAAUACAAACGCCUCGUUUUGCUUUUGCACUCAUUUCAAAAUCUGAUCAUUCAAUACAGUUUGAUCGAUGAUUUCGGUUAUCGUUACAAAAUAUUUACUAAGAAAAUCUGUACAGAUAUUCUUUGGAUUCUUCGUUUUCAAAAUCAUUAUUUUCCAGUUCUAUAUGAAGUUAUUGCUCUUCCUGUCCUCGAAGGUCGUCGUUAGUAAGGCUCUCACCAGAAACCUGCAGUUACUCCUCAAUAUCUUGUUUGUCUACAUCUCCUAGUCUUGCUUUAUCGAUUAGGUUAACAAUUUAUUCAACUUAGCUAAUGAUACAGCGAUAGGCUCUUCUCGUGCAGAAAUUUUGGAUACAUUCAGCCAUAACUUCUUCCACACUCCUUUCGUGCAUUCAUCAGUUAAUUCUUGUUACGCCAAGUCGAUAUUUUUUAUGGCUUCCAUGAUGUUAUAUUUUUACCAAAAUUGCACCAAACAAACAUAGAUUUAAGGGAAGUACAGCGCUACGACGAAUUGCCGCCUUUUACUGAUUGGUUCG